GCGCCUGGCUCACACCCAUUGCACUGAAGCACGCUCGGACACAGGGGAGCAGGCGCCACCCCUCCACCGCGGACAGUGCUGCUCCAGGCCCGCCUCUUCCCGCCUCUAGGGCCUGUCCCUGGCCCGCCCAGUGUCAGUGCGGCGCCAGUUGGCCUGGAGGCCUCCAGCGCAGAGCCUGGGCUUGUAGGCACAGCAUCUCCAGAGGUCGCGCUGGGCUGAGGGUGCGGGCCGGCAGAGGCCGGCGGGGACUCGGCGGGGCCAUGCUGGGCAAGGACUACAUGCUGGCCAUCAUUCUGGUCAACUGCGACGAUGACUUGUGGGGGGACCAAAGUCUGGAGGGGGAGCCAGGCCUACCCCCCGGCUGGAGGAAGAUCCGUGAUGCUGCAGGUACUUAUUAUUGGCAUGUACCCAGCGGUAGCACCCAGUGGCAGCGCCCAACCUGGGAACUAGGCGAUGCAGAGGAUCUAGGCAAGGGGACAAAGGGGAUUUGGGAGCUGCGUCCCCCAAAGGGAAGAUCCUUUUCCAGCUUGGAGAAUUCACUGGAUCGGAGUAACUCUCUGACCUGGUAUGGUGAGGAAUCCUACAUUCAGAGCCUGGAGCCAGGGGCUAAGUGCUUUGCAGUCCGUUCUCUGGGUUGGGUAGAGGUGCCAGAAGAGGACCUGGCACCAGGAAAGAGCAGUAUUGCAGUCAAUAACUGUAUCCAGCAGCUGGCCCAGACCCGUAACCGGAGACAGCCCCCAGAUGGUACCUGGGGUGAGGGCCAGAACAUGUUGAUGAUCCUGAAGAAGGAUGCCAUGAGCCUGGUGAAUCCCCUGGAUCAUAGUCUGAUCCACUGUCAGCCUCUGGUGCACAUCCGUGUAUGGGGUGUGGGCAGCUCCAAGGGCCGUGACAGGGACUUUGCUUUUGUGGCGGGUGACAAAGACAGCUGUAUGCUUAAGUGCCAUGUGUUUCACUGCGAUGUUCCUGCCAAGGCCAUUGCAAGUGCCCUACAUGGACUCUGUGCCCAGAUCUUGUCAGAACGAGUAGGGGUUAGUGGUGAUGGCGCUUGCUACUCUCCAGACCCCAUUUCACCUGAAGAUCUGCCUCGGCAAGUGGAGUUGCUGGAUGCUGUGAGCCAGGCUGCUCAGAAGUAUGAGGCACUGUACAUGGGGACUCUGCCAGUCACCAAAGCCAUGGGAAUGGAUGUACUGAAUGAGGCCAUUGGUACUCUCACCGCACGGGGGGACCGGAACACCUGGGUCCCUACUAUGCUCAGUGUGUCUGACUCUUUCAUGACUGCACAUCCCAUGCAGGCAGAGGCUGGUGCAGAGGAAGAGCCACUGUGGCAGUGUCCUGUUCGUCUUGUGACCUUUAUUGGUGUUGGCCGUGACCCACACACGUUUGGGCUCAUCGCUGACCUGGGCCGUCAGAGUUUCCAGUGUGCAGCCUUUUGGUGCCAGCCCCACGCAGGGGGACUCUCUGAAGCUGUGCAAGCUGCCUGUAUGGUUCAAUACCAGAAGUGUCUUGUGGCCUCUGCAGCUCGAGGCAAGGCCUGGAGUGCUCAGGCCCGUGCCCGCCUGCGGCUCAAGCGGACCAGCUCCAUGGACUCCCCAAGAGGUCCCCUGCCUCUCCCCCUUCUGAAAGGAGGGGUCGGGGGUGCAGGAGCAGCCCCUCGAAAGCGGGGUGUCUUCUCAUUUCUUGAUGCCUUCCGGCUGAAACCUUCUCUGCUCCAUAUGCCCUAAAUUGGUCUUAGAGGGCUGGGGAAGGAGGCUCUGAAUCGAUGCCCAAUUCUAUUCCCCUUCAUUCCCCAGGGGCCAACAGCCUCUCAUCUCUACCCGCCCCUGCCCCUUGCCUAUCUUCUAUUUAUUAUCUAGUUUAUUGUUGAUAUAGAUGACUGAGAGGCCCUGCACUACUACUUAGGCCCCUGGCUCCCCUUUCCUUGGGUCCUUGCCCCUGUCCAGUCCUGGACAAUUGGCUCUACCUCAGCAACACUUUAUAGCAAAACCAGUGCAAAUAAAAAUCCCUCAGUGACCUCA